AUGCGAAUUCUUAUGGUUGGUCUUGAUGCGGCUGGAAAGACAACUAUUCUAUACAAGCUAAAACUUGGUGAAGUUGUUACAACAAUUCCAACUAUAGGUUUCAAUGUUGAAACUGUUGAGUUUAAAAACAUCAACUUUACUGUCUGGGAUGUUGGUGGACAGGAUAAGAUACGACCUCUUUGGCGCCAUUAUUUCCAAAAUACACAGGGCUUGAUAUUUGUGAUAGACAGUAACGAUCGGGAACGAAUGAGUGAAGCUUCAGAUGAGUUGCAGAAAAUGCUUGCAGAAGAUGAAUUGAAAGAUGCCAUUUUACUAGUUUUUGCCAAUAAACAGGAUUUGCCAAAUGCCAUGUCAGCGUCACAAAUUAGAGAUUCUCUCACAUUAGAAAAUUUGAACAACAGGAAGUGGUACAUCCAAUCAACAUGUGCAACUCAAGGAACUGGUUUAUAUGAAGGCCUUGAUUGGUUGUCUCAAGAACUUGUGAAACAAUCUUGA